AUGCAAAUCUUUAAUAUGGUUUCGCUUGUUGCUCUUUUCGCCCUGGGAGCUACAGCCGUCCCUGUGUCAUCAAUCACCGGCGUCCAAUGCUGCCAAGCAAACCAUGGAGACCUCACAACUCCCCAAGCUCAAAGCCUUUUCAAAAGUCACCAAAAGCGUCAAGAUUACUGGGUGUGCCACGCUUGUAACAAGCAAUUCACAACUCCAGCUGCCUUGCAAAAGCACAAAGAUACCGUGGUACACCCUUGA